AUGAAGUGCGCGGCGGGGGCGGGCGUGUUCGAGCUGCAGAUCCUCGAGUUCUCCAACUACCGGCUGCAGCUGGCGUCGGGAGCGUGUUGCGGCGGCGGCGCGCCCGCCCCCGCGCCCCCGCCCCCCGGCGCCGCCCCCGGCAACCCAGGCGCGGCAGGCGGCUCGUGCGCGCACCCCUGUCGCACCCGCUUCGCGCUCUGCCUCAAGGAGUACCAGUCCGCGGCCGCGCCCGGCGCAUGUUCCUUCGGUCGCGCCGCCUCGCCCGUGCUAGGCACAGACUCCUUCACGCUCGCCGACCCGCUCUACACUCUCUCGCUGCCAUUCUCAUUCCGAUGGACCCGGUCAUUCACGCUCAUUUUACAAGCCUACGACGACUACAAUUACACAGAUCCCGACGAGACGGGGCUGAUCGAGGAGGCGUGGUGGUCGGGUAUCGUGGAGCCGGGCGCGGAGUGGCACGCGCUGCGGCACGCGGGCGCGGCGGCGGCCGUGGCGUACCGCGUGCGCGUCACGUGCCAGCCCAACUACUACAACAGCACGUGCACCACCUUCUGCCGGCCGCGCGACGACAAGUUCGGCCACUACUCCUGCUCCGCCAGCGGCGACAAGCGCUGCCUGCCCGGCUGGCAGGGCGACAACUGCGAGCAUCCUGUUUGCAAGGAAGGUUGCCAUCCGACGCACGGCCGAUGCGACAAGCCCGGAGAAUGCAUUUGUCGCCCGGGCUGGCGAGGCGACCUGUGCUCGCAGUGCCAACCGUACCCUGGCUGCAAGCACGGCUACUGUAACGGGUCCUCCUGGGACUGCACCUGUGAUACUAAUUGGGGAGGAAUUCUUUGCGACCAAGAUCUCAACUACUGCGGUACGCAUGAACCCUGCCAACACGGCGGCACCUGCGAGAACACCGCACCGGACCAGUACCUGUGCACGUGCGCGGAGGGCUUCUCGGGCGUGGACUGCGAGCGCGUGGACAACCCGUGCGCGCCGCAGCCGUGCGCGCACGGCGCGUGCUCGCUGGCGGCGGCGCCCGCCGGGUUCGCGUGCGCGUGCGAGCGCGGCUGGACGGGCGCGCGCUGCGACGAGGACGCCGACGACUGCGCCAGCGCGCCCUGCCGCAACGGCGCCGUGUGCCGCGACCGCCUCGACGCCUUCCAGUGCGAAUGUACGCCUGGCUGGAAGGGGCCCACGUGCACCGACGAUGUCGACGAAUGCGCAGAGAACAGCGCUGCCGAGGGAGCUCUGGGUCCGUGCGUGAACGCGGCGGCGUGCAACAACACCGCGGGCGGCUACGCCUGCACGUGCCUGGCGGGCUGGACCGGGCGCGACUGCGAGCUCAACGUGGACGACUGCACGGGCCAGUGCCUGAACGGCGCCACCUGCAUCGACCUCGUGGACGACUUCCACUGCGCGUGCGCGGCGGGCUACGCGGGCCGCACGUGCGCGCGCGACGUGGACGACUGCGCGUCGCGCCCGUGCCGCAACGGCGGCGAGUGCGUGGACCUGCUGGACGCGUACCGCUGCAUCUGUCCGGUCGGCUUUUCGGGCACCGACUGCGAGGACGACCGCGACCACUGCGCCGGCGCACCGUGCGCCAACGGAGCCCCGUGCUACACGGCGCAGAGCGACUACUACUGCCACUGCGCGCCCGGCUGGACCGGGAAGAACUGCACGCAGCGCGCCGCCAGAGACCAAUUAGAUGAUUGCUCACCGAAUCCGUGUCACAACAACGGCAGCUGUAUCUCGAGCGCCGUCGGCUUCACCUGCAUCUGUCUCGGCGGUUGGACCGGCGAGACGUGCGCGGCGCGCGAGGAGGCGCGCUGCGAGGCGGCGUGCGCGCACGGCGGCACGUGCGUGCGCGGCGGGCGCUGCGCCUGCGCGCCGGGCUGGGCGGGCGCCGCCUGCGACCUGCCCGCCGCGCCGCCGUUAGUGCCGAUAGCAUCGAUUCCCGCUCAGACGGCAAUCGUCCCGCUGGCGGGGCCGGGCGGCGCGGCGUGCUCGUGCCUGCACGGCGGCUCGUGCGUGCCGGUGGGCGCGGGCGCGUGGGCGUGCGCGUGCCGGGCGGGCUGGGCCGGCGCGCACUGCGAGCGCCCGGCGGACGGCUGCGCCUCGGCGCCCUGCAGGAACGGAGGCCACUGUGUGGGCGGCUCGGGCUGGUGGGCGUGCGAGUGCGCGCCGGGCUGGGCGGGCCCCGACUGCGCCGCCCCCGCUUGCGACCCGCCCUGCCCCUCGCCCGCCACCUGCGCCACUUCCGGCUCGCAGGCUCGCUGCAUCUGUCCGCCACCGCCGGCGCGCUUGUCCAGGCGAUGUUUGGAGUUAAUCGCUGGUCUCGGAGAAGAGAGCGGUGAAGCAGUGGAGGGCGGCGAGGGCGGCGGCGAGGGCGCGCUGGAGGCCAGCGAGGCGCCGGGCGCGUGCAGCGCGGAGGGCGGCGCGUGGUGGGGCGGCUGCAACGCGUGCCGCUGCGCGGGCGGCGCGCCCGCCUGCACGCGCCUGUGGUGCGGCCUGCCCGACUGCCUGGCGCCCGCCGCGCUGCCCUGCCGCACCGACGAGGUGUGCGUCCCGGCCGCGCCGUCGCUGUGCCUGCGGCCGCCGUGCGCGCCGCUGGGCGAGUGCCGGCGCGUGGCGGGGCGGCGCGUGGAGCCGCCCGCGCUGCCCGCGCCGGCCGCGUGCUGGCCGGGCGCGCGCGCGGCGCCGCCCCCCGGCUGCGCGCGCGCGGCGCUGAGCCUGGCGCGCGAGCGGCUGGCGCGCGGCGCGCACGUGGAGCGCGCGUGCGCGGCGCUGCGCCGGGCGCUCGCCGCCGCGCUGGCCGAGCGCGCGCCGCCCGCGCCGCCGCUGGCGCUGCUGUGCGACCUGGCGCCCGACGACGACGCGCUGGACCUAGCACUGUGGGCCGGAGAAGAAGAAGACGCCGAAGGAAUGAGUGCCCUCGCGGCGGCGGUGCGCGCGCUGAGCGAGCUGGUGGCGCGGCGGCGCCUGGCGCACCACCCGCUGCUGGCGGCCGCGCUGCGCCUGCGCGUGGAGCACGCCGCGCCGCCCGCGCCCACCGCGCAGGCCGCCGCGGGCGGCGCGGGCGGCGCGCUGCUGGCGCUGGCGGCGGGCCUGGCGCUGCUGGCGCUGGGCGCGGCCGCCGGCGCCUUCCUGCUCGUGAGGAGGCGCCGGGUGGCCGCCGCCGUCGAGGAGCGCUCGCGCCGCUGCGACGAGGAGAAGUCCAACAACCUGCAGAACGAGGAGAACCUGCGGCGCUACGCCAACCCGCUGCGCGAGGAGCGGCCGGCCGAGGAGCUCCCGCGCGCGCACUCGCUGUACAAGGCGCAGAACGCGGACGCGCGCAACCACACGCCGCCGCGCGACAAGGAGCUCACCAAGCGCGCGCUGCCGCCGCCCGAGCCGCCGCCCGCGCGCCUGGCGCCGCCCGAGCGCCUCACCGUGCUCGUGUAGCGCUCCCGCCGCUACCUGCCGCUACCUGCCGCUGCCUGCCGCUACCUGCUGCUACCUGCCGCUACCUGCCGCUACCUACCGCCGGGGCCGCCUUAUUUAUUGUAGUGUGAUCGUGUUUGUAAAUAUGUAUUUUUGUAAAUAAUGUUAAAAAGAGUGAUCUAAUUGAGAGUAAAUAAUUUUGUAUGUCCUAUUGAGAGAUUGAUCGAUACGAUUUUAUAUCUGUAAAGAAGGUUGUAAAAUUAAAAUGAAAGUCGUUUAAUAAAACACUAUAAAAGUUU